GAUAAUACGUCAUUCUAAGGAAGUGCGCACUCUUCUGAAGCCGUGUAGUUUGGGCUCCAUUCAUAUUUGGCUGUAGAAAACCCGGACAAAACUAAACGUGUGUGUAUAUGUUGUGUGUUAUAUGCAGCCCAGAUAAGCGACACUUCUGACAGCCUGCGGUGUGACAAUGGGAGCCAACAACAGUACCCGCCGAGUGUCGUUUGAAUCCGACGAGAACGACAAUAUAACAGUGGUGAAGGGCAUACGGCUUUCUGAAAAUGUGAUCAAGCGUAUGAAAGAACCCACAGCUCCCACUUCACCAACUUUAAAGGCACCAACUCUCACUCCAUCUUCUCUACCUGUUCCUCCUCUUGUUGACCUUGCCACCUCCUUGCCUCCUCCUCUUCCUUUUGUGGAACCUGUAGCACCUCGAGCUCCAUCGCCUCCUCCUAAACCUCCCACAGAACAGCCUAUCACCAUCCUGCCAGCAUCCAUGCAUCCUUCAGGGGGCUCUGUGCCCCAGCAGCCUGCUGAGCCUUUAGCUACAUCUCACUUGUCUGAGUUUACUGCUGCUUGUGAACCAGUUGCACCUCCUUCCCAGCCCACAGCGGAAUCAUUAUCACCUGCUCCAGUCCCCGAGCCAGCGGCAGUGCCUCAGUCGAGUCCAGUUUCACCACCUGCUGCACCACCAGCAGCGAAUGAAGAGGCCCUGAGGAAGAAGAUCACUGAUGAACUGUAUGAAGACUUGGAGCAAAAGAGGGCCAAAGCGGAGCAUGAGAUGCAAGCAUGGUACGAUGCAGAGAAGGCCAGGGCAUCAGCGCAGGCUCAGGCUGAGGCUCAGUCCAAAGUCCAGGAAGAAAUUUCCAGGAUCCUGUCUAUGGAGCGAGCCCUGACCCAAGACAGCCUCGAGCAGACUAUCAUUAGGGAGAGGAUCAGCAAUGAGACUGAGAAGCUUCGUGCUCAGCUACUUGCUAAGCAGCUGAAGGCCAGGGAAGCAGAUCUAAAGAAGCAGGAUGCUUUUUACCGAGAGCAGGUGGCCCGAUUGGAGGAAAGGAGUGCACAGUUCUACAAGGUCACCACAGAGAACUAUCAUAAAGCGGCAGACCAAGUAAAUGCUAAAUUCAAGAGGUAUGAAGUGUAUCCAGUGUGUGGAGACCUUCAGGGCCAAAUCCUGGGCUGCUACAAAGACAACGCUGGAAAAACCCUGAACUGCUCCAACAUAGCAGCUCUUUACCUGCAGUGUAUUAACAAUGCCAAACAGAAUGACAAGCAUGUGCACGCACCUUCAUGGACCAGUAACAUAACAAGUUGAGGACUGGGGGAUAAAGGAUAAAGGAG